AUGUCGACCCCGACGUUCGCGCCCUCGACCUCGUCGUCCUCAGCGUCGUCGUCGUCCCCGUUCGGCCACACGCACGCGCUCUCGCACGCCCACUCGCACCACUCGUUCGCGGCGCCCUCGUCGUCCUUUGCCCCCCAAUCCUCCACCCCCUCCUCCUCGUCGACCAACGCGCCGCCCUCCCAUCCGCACCCGAGCGCCAGCGCCAGCACCACCACCACCUCCUCCUCCUCCCGCUCGCCGCACUCGUCCCCGCCGGGCCCACCUCGCUCCGAGUCGUCGUCCGCCUCGUCGUCGCGCACCUCGGACGACUCGUCCAUGGCCACCACGGCCGACCUCGAGCGCGGCAGGCUGCAGCAUCGCCGCCCCGCCCCGAGCGGCGCCGCCACGCGCUCCCCUCCUCCUCCUCCUCCGAGGCGGCCGGUCGCAGACGGGAGCGUCGGGAGCGCGGCGACGACGGUGAGCACCGGCUCUGGGUCGGGCUCCGGCUCGGGCUCGGGCUCGGGCUCGGGGGCGGGGAGCCCGCCUUGUUCUGAGCUGCGCGAGGGCGAGGCCGGCAAGGGCAGGGCGCCGCCGCACGAGCCGGAGCUCGAGCUCGAGCCGGAGCAAGAGGGCGAGGGUGGGGGCGAGGACGCGCUCAUGCGCGAUGCGGGCGCCGAGGGCGACGCGGCCGAGGGUGCGCUCGAGGGAGAGGGCGAGGGAGAAGGAGGCGAGGCGAGCGCGAUGGACAUCUCGACCCUGUCGGUCCGCGGCGACGACGACGACGAGCACGAUGAGCACGAGCGGCGCGAGGGCGCCGGUGCCGGGCCCAAGGUGCGCACGGCGAGCAUCUUUUCGACGAGCGCGGGCUCGUCGGCGGGCGCGGCGGGACCCAGGGAGAGGGAGCACGGCGACGGGCGGCGCAAGGUGCCCCGGACGGGGAGCUUCCACGGUGCCCCGUCGUCGUCGUCGUCGUCGUCGUCGACGUCCGUCCCCGCGUCGUCCACCUCUCGCGCCCCCUCGAGCGCCCACACCGCCACCGCCGCGCCCGCCACUGCCCCGGUCACGGCGGCGCCGACGACGACCCCGACGGCGCACCACGUCGACAUCGUGUCGUACCCGCCCUCGGAGCUCCUGCGCCUCCUCGCGUGCCUCCUCGAGCAGAUUGCCCAGGCCAACGAUGCGCGCACGGCCAAAGCGGCGGCGGUGGCGGCGCAACAGCAGCAGGCGGCCUCUGCUGGUCCUCCUCCUCCUCCUCCUGCUGGCGGUCCGCCUGCACCCGCAUCCUCCUCGUCCUCUUCGUCCGCCACCGUCACCGCCACCGCCGCGAACGCCCGCGCACCCGCACCGGCACCGGCACCGACCUCGCCCUCGUCCACCACCCCGUCCUCGUCCUCGUCCUCUGCCGGCCCGAGCACGCGCCGCAGCUCGGUCGACCACGACGCCGACCAGGACCGCGACGGCGCGAGCGACUGGGCCCGCGGCAGGUUCGACGCCGCGCCGCUCAACACGCCCGUCUCGAGCCAGCAGGGGCAGGUGCGGCAGCCGGGCUCGGCGGGCGGCGCCGCAGGAGCGGGAGGAGGAGGAGGAGGAGCGGGUGCGGGAGGAGGGCCGCCAGGGAGGCAGCGCGCGACGGUGGGCGGCGGCGGCGGCGUCGGCGGGCCGGGCGGUCCGGGCAUCCUCGACAAUGCGCUCGUGUCGGGCCCCGACGACGACGGCGACGGCGACGGCGAUGGCGCCGAGUCGCUCUCUGCGCCCAACGGCCCCGCCGCCGGCGCCGCCGAGGACGCCGACGACGACCUCCUCCUGCAGCAGCAGCAGCUGCAGAUGCCGACCACGCCGGGCGUCGACCUCCUGCGCGAGACGGCCUCGGGCCCGGGCGGGGGCGUCGCGGGCUUCAUGCCGAGCCUCGGCGGGACGCACCGGCCCAUGCCGCUCGGCCGCAGGAGGGGGAGCAGCUUUGUGCGCAACAGGAGGGACGAGGGGGUUGCGGGUGCGGGCGGCGCGGGCGCUGCGGGCGGGGGAGGGGGAGCGGGAGUAGGUGGGUACGGGAGGAGGGCGCGCGAGGGAGGUCAGGGGCAGGGCCUGCAGGGUUGGUCGGCGUCCGCGUCGGCUUCGGGCCAGCAGCAGCAGCGGCAGCAGCAGGGGGCGUCGAGAUCGUCGACCACGUCGUCGCCAUCGACGUCCCGGCCCAGUUCGCCGGCCGCGUCCGGGCCCUCUCCCCUCGCGACACCGAGCAGCUCGAUGCCCUUCUGGAUGUCCAUGACGUCGACCUCUGCCACAUACGAGAGUCAGAUGACGACCCCUCUCUAG